AUGUGGAUCACUCAAAACAUAUUCCUAUAUCUGUUCUUUACCUCAGCUUUUUUCUUACCAAACCCAGACUUCUGUCAGAUCCAGGGACACUUCAAGUUGAAUGGGAUGUACGAGGAUGGAGGUUUCAUUAUUGGAGGCCUGUUUGAGGUUCAGAAUCUCGAAGUAUUUCCAGAACUGAGCUUCACAAUGGAGCCAGAACAGCCCAAGUGUGAAGAAUUUUACAUGGCAAGCUUUCAGUUGGCACAGACUAUGGUUUUUGCCAUAAAUGAGAUCAACAAUAAUCACAAUCUGCUGCCUAACAUUACGCUUGGUUACCAAAUCUAUGAUAACUGUUUACGACUUGGAGUGGCAUUUCGUGCUGCCAUAGCUUUAAUAAGUGGGACAGAGGAGACCAUCUCCAACCUUAACUGUACUGGACCACCACCAGUGAUUGGGAUCAUUGGGGAUUCAGGUUCCACUCAAUCCAUUGCAAUAUCCAGUGUGCUGGGUCUGUUUAAAGUGCCUAUGGUUAGCUAUUAUGCCACCUGCUCCUGCUUGAGUGACAGGAAGAAAUAUCCCUCCUUCUUCAGAACUAUCCCCAGUGAUGCCUUCCAGGUUCGAGCUAUGAUUCAGAUCUUGAGAUAUUUUGGAUGGACCUGGGUUGGUCUUCUCUAUAGUGAUGAUGAUUAUGGCAUCUACGCUGCUCAGUCCUUCCACCAGGAGAUGCAGCUGUUUGGAGGUUGUGUUGCUUUUUCUGAAAUCCUGCCCUAUGAUAACAACCGUAGAGAUAUUCAGGGCAUUGUAAAAGUCAUUCAGGCCUCUACAGCAAAGGUUAUAGUAGCAUUUUCAACUGAUCUGUUUUUUCUAAUGGAUGAGUUGUUGAUGCAAAACGUAACAGGUAAGCAGUGGAUUGCAAGCGAAGCAUGGACCACAACACCAAUAUUGCACUCUUCAAAUUUUCUGCCUCUACUGGGAGGCACGCUGGGCAUUGCUAUACGACGAGGAGAGAUUCAAGGAUUCCAUGACUUUCUGCUACGCCUCCAUCCUGACAACAAUCCCAAAAAUAAUAUGUUGAAAAUUUUCUGGGAGAACAUGUUUGAGUGCAAGUUUGAAACUGGAGACAGAGAAAUGAAAGAAGAAAAACUAUGUACAGGGCAAGAGGAUCUGAGCAGCACAAACACAGCAUACACUGAUGUAUCACAACUGAGGGCUUCAUAUAAUGUGUAUAAAGCAGUUUAUGCCCUGGCACAUGCACUUCAUGACCUGAUGCAGUGUGAGGAGGGGAGAGGACCAUUCAGUGACAACACCUGUGCUGACAUAACAAACCUGCAGCCUUGGCAGGUGGUUCAUUACCUACAGAAGGUGAACUUCACCACAGGUUUUGGAGACCAUGUGUCAUUUGAUAUGAAUGGAGAUGCUCUGGCCAUCUAUGAUGUGAUGAACUGGCAGCCGAGCGCUGAUGGGUCAAUCAUUGUCCGCACAGUCGGUGUGGUGGAUGAAGGGGCGGCAACAGGGAAGGUGCUCACACUGGAUGAAGAUGCAUUAUACUGGAACUUUGAGACAAGAAAACCCCCACGGUCUGUGUGUAGUGAGAGCUGCCCACCAGGCACCAGACGAGCCAGGAGAAAAGGCCUUCCUGUCUGCUGUUUUGACUGCCUGCCAUGUGCAGAUGGAGAGAUUUCUAAUACAACAGAUUCAGCUGAAUGUUUUUUGUGUCCAAAUGACUUUUGGUCCAGUCCAGAAAAUGACCACUGUGUUCCCAAAGAAGUGGAGUUUUUAUCAUAUGAGGAACCUUUGGGCAUCUCCCUGACCACUGCUUCCCUUCUAGGCACCAGUUUCUGUGCAUUUGUGAUCGUCAUCUUUGCUCAUCACCGCAACACUCCAGUUGUUCGAGCCAAUAAUUCAGAGCUCAGCUUCCUGCUGCUGCUGUCACUCAAACUGUGUUUCCUGUGUGUGCUGCUGUUUAUUGGCCAACCACAGUUGUGGACGUGUCAGUUAAGACAUGCUGUGUUUGGCAUUAGCUUUGUUUUGUGCAUCUCCAGCAUUCUGGUCAAGACUAUGGUGGUAAUAGCCGUGUUUAAGUCAUCUCGACCAGAGGGAAAAGCUGCCAUAAAGUGGUUUGGUUCAGCACAGCAAAGAGGCACAGUUGUAGUUUUAACUUUUAUGCAGGUGGUGAUAUGUUCAGUCUGGCUAUCAACUGCACCUCCAACACCUCAUAAAAACCGUCAGUAUAUCAGGUCUAAAAUAGUUUAUGAAUGUGCUAUUGGUUCAGUGGCUGGAUUCGCUGUGCUGCUGGGCUACAUUGGUUUUCUGGCGGCAUUGAGCUUCUUAUUAGCUUUCCUCGCAAGAAAACUUCCAGAUAGUUUUAAUGAAGCAAAGUUCAUUACCUUUAGUAUGUUGAUCUUUUGUGCUGUAUGGAUUGCGUUUGUUCCAGCUUAUGUCAGCUCACCGGGGAAAUAUGCAGUGGCUGUGGAGAUUUUUGCCAUCUUGGCAUCCAGUUUUGGAUUAUUGGUGGCCAUAUUUGCACCGAAGUGCUACAUCAUCCUUUUACAUCCAGAGAGGAACACUAAAAAAGCAAUAAUGGGAAAAGAAACAAAAUUGAAAUAG